AUGGACCAAGCAGACAUCCCCGCGCUGCUCUCGAGGCUGGCUAGCGACGAAGAUGCCGCCCGUAAGAUGGCCGUCUUCAAGCUCCAGUCGUCGAUCAACGACCCUGCCUUUGCCGACGUCUUUAUAUCUUCGGGCGGUCUCGUCAUCCUGCGGCGGCUCAUCAUGACCUCUGGCGGCAACACUCUCGCCUAUGCGCUCCAGAGCCUGUCGCGGCUGCUGGAGGUGGACAUGGGAUGGGACAUCUUCGAGGGCCCUACCGCGAGCGAGCUGGUGGAGCGCAUUGUGGAACUUAUUGUGACGAAUCCUCUGGUUAACAUCCUGAGAGGCGCCAUGUCUAUUCUGGUUGCUCUUGUUGGGCACUCGCAGUCGAGCGGCUCAGAGUCGCCGAUUCAGGACCAAGCCUUUGGCUUUCGGGCGCUCAAACCGGCGGUGGCCAUAUACCCUCAGUUUUUUGACUUGGUCGUGCAGCAGCUGAAUAGCGCGGACCAUGCUCUUUGCGCGAAUGCGCUCAUGCUAGUUAAUGCGCUGAUUCGAGAUGCUUUGUCGACUAAGAGUGUUAUGGCAGGCGGCAACGGAAAGUCGGCUGGCGAGGAGUGGCCGAAGCUGAUGAAGCGGCUGCAGGACUUGGGCUUGAUCAAGGCGGUUUAUAAGCUGAUGCAAGGCACCGGGCUUCAGGAUCUUGCACAUCCUGCGCUGGAGUUUCAGAAUCUGAGCAAAGUCAUCCAGCGAAAGUGGAGGGAUGUCAAGGUAGACCUAGAGCGUCCGGAACACAGGCGGUCGCUCAAGAGCUUGCAUCUCUCGAGCGCUCCGGAUCGACCAACAACCAAUGGCCACACCAGUGACAAUUCAACGGACACUACCGCAACUAAGAAGGAUGGUAGGAAGCACAGCCCGGAGAAAUGGAGAAGGCUUGGGUUCGAGACGGAGAGCCCCGCGCAAGACUUUGAUGUUGCUGGGUAUCUGGGAAUGAUGGACAUGACAGACUAUGUGCGCAAGAACGAGGACAGAUUCCAGAAGCUGCUGCUGGAACAGGCCACAAAGCCCAUCAAUGAGCGUUGUCCUGUUGCUCGGGCGAGCUUGGCCAUGACGAUGAUCCUUUAUGAACACUUUGACGUGGAUAAAGCAGACAUGGAGGACGCAAAGGGAUACCACCAAGGUGUCGACACGAAGGAUUACGAUAGAGUCUUUCAGCCGUUGCUACUGCAAUGGCCCCGUCUGCAUGCCGCUGGGUUACACAGCUUCUUCCGCAUCUGGAAAGCCACGGGUGCCGUGCAGGAAGACUUUGACAAGGUUGCAGAGCUGGUGCGCAUCUUGAUAGAAAAGGUGGCCGGCCAGGCUCCCCGGACCCGCGAUAUACUGGAGAUUGAGGAAGAUUUACAAGAAUACGACAUGACGAGACUGCGGGAGCUCCAGAUGGAGCUGUUGGAGAUGUCGUUUGAGGAAACCUGGGGCAAGCAUCUCUACCAGGUGCGAGACGUGCUGAAGCAAGAAGCCCUGCAGUUUGUUAAAGAGCAGAGAAUCAGGUGUCUCCUCGAAGGCGCCUGGUUCCAGAAGAAGGAAGAUGCGGCGGAAAAGAAGCCUUGGAGAUUCGCCAGGCUGUCUCACAACCGCCGGUACCUCCACUAUACCGACUUUGAGAAGCAGAUGGCACAAGAUCCUGGUCUAAACACCUUGAUGGAGAAGAUUGACCUCUCUACUAUAAGCUCUGUCGUAUCCAACGUCUCUCCAACCAACGACGACUCCAAGACAACGGCAAGCGGGGCAACUAUACAAAACAUUACCAGCACCGCAGAGAAGGCGAAGACCAAGAUUACCAUAUACAGUUUCGUGAAUCCUGCUGACGUAUCUGCUGGCGGCGGCGAGGCCAAAGAGCAGGCCGUCUUGUCUCUCUGGCCCACCAGCCAUAGCGUCGCUUCCGAAUGGCUGGACGGAUUGCUCCUUUUGCUCGGCCAAGCCCCCGUCACGACGGAGACGAGCAAGCUUGUCAAUUUGGUGGGCGGAUAUGGGCUAAAGAUUAGGCUUCUCAACGUCAGGAUGGACACUCUUGAAGGUCCUCCGGCUGGAGCUGGCAUCGUGCCCAGUCGGGAAGGACUAGACGAGGAUUACUUUUAUGAAGUCUAGGCUUGGUUUGCCCUUUCACUUUUCACGACAUUUUUCUGUCUCAUUUAUUCUCUAUACCAGUCAAUUUUUUUUUUCUUUGCCCCCAUUUGUUUUAUAUACCCCCUCCUUUGUAUGGCAGGCCCUGGCAUAGCGUGGGAGCAUCGAUAGGUUAUGCGUUGGAUUCUCCUUCUUUUUUUCUGAUUCUUUGUGUAUGAAUAGUAUACAUGUUUGUA